CCGUCCCCACGCUGCCGUGCCCGGGACUCGGGCUGUGCCGUCCUUCUCGCCAUCCCGCCGGCGUCUAUCCUGCCAUGCCCCUCCGUUGGGCAGCGGCUCACCACAGGCACAGCAUGUACUGCGGUGCUGCAGCCAGGCAGGUCAGGCUGCAAGCCGAAGAGCCUCAGAGCCUCUGCGACCGCUCAGCAUCCGCAAAGGAAGACGGCCGCGGCGUGCCCUACGGCAUCCCGGACCAUCGCGCCCGCCGGAGGGGGUCGCUCGGCUACACCGAUGCGCCGGCCCUGACCCUCCGGACAAGCAUGCAGAAAGCUCUGGCCAGAGUCGACUCGGUUGCAGCGCCAAGCUGCGAGGUGUGCGUUCGGCCGUGGCAACGCAGCCAUGCAGCGAUGUGGGGCACACGCGAGCAUAUCUGUGGCCGUUGCUCCGUCGCCGUACUGCAGCGCGUCCGCUGAGGGACCCGAGGGGUGCCGCAUUCUGCAUUUGCCCCCACGGCCUGCAGUCGAGUCAGCCGUCCGAGUCUGUGUUGCAGCGAUGUCCGCGGCGUGCUGCUGGGUACGUCUUCAGCCGCGCCUCCCGGCACCCGCAGCGCCGACGGCGCCGCUGCGAGCUUUGGCCCUCGAUGCGGGUGCAGCGUGGCCGACACAAGCACACGGCCGCGGCUGCUCAGCGCCCCAUAAGCAUGCUGGGGCCGUCGGUGUCGCAGCAAGGCGCUGCGCGCGCUGUCGCAGCCGAUGCCGAGCGCUGCAACGCUGCCGCUGCAGCGUCCCGUCUGCGGCGCUGCGUGUGCGACUUCGCGCGAGGGGCGCU